AUGAAUAGGGGCUUUACAUUUGUGUCACUUACAAUGACCAAGCAUUUUCAAUCACUUGGCAAGCAAGUGGAUAAAUGGUUUAAUGAUAAUGGCUUCAUUGAGACACACACAAAAUUUCAAAUAUGCACCACACUUGAAUAUACAAAACUCUCAGUUGAUCAAUUUUGUGAAUUUUUUAAAAGAAUAAGUGAAUAUUUUGAUGAAAAGGAUACAUAUGAAAUGAUGCAGCAUGCACAUAUCAAUUUCGAUGAAGAUAAAGCAAAUUACUACCGUGUAUUAGAAUCAAUCUCACAAUUGCUUAAAUUUAAGUUAUUAUCAGAUAUAAUAACAUUUUUACAAACAGAUACUAAACCAGAAUCACAACAGGAUUCUAAAGAAUUACCUUCUUCUACACCUAUAACUUCAAAUACACAACCACCUCAGUUAACACCAGUAUCUCCUCCUAAAAGUACACCACCACCGCAACCUCAGACACCACCCCAACCAGCUACAGUUAAAUCAAUAGAAGAAACAGAAAACAACAAAUUACAAUUGAUCAAAUGCGGAAAUAAGAAUCCAGAUUUCAGUAAACUUUACAAAAUACUUGAGAGAGCUGCAGAUCAAGGAGAUGAGGCUACUAUCAAGUUUGCAGUUGAUGAAAAAUAUACUGAAAUGAGAUUUGAAUUCGGAAAUGGAAGAGAUGUAGUUCUUCAAGCUGCAUUGAAUGGAAAUCUCCAUCUUAUUCAAAUGCUCAACAAAUUUGGUGCUAACAUGAAAACAAAAGAUAAAGAAUUUUACACAAUUCUUCAUUUGUUUUGUUUGAAAGGAAAUCUCGAAGGAGUCAUCUGGUCUGUUGAUUAUGUUGAUAUUAAUGGCAAAAAGAAUGAUCAAUGGACUCCUCUUCACAUAGCAGCUUGUACAAAUAACGCAAAAAUAUGUGAAUUCCUUUUGUCACUUCCUAACAUUGAGAAGAAUGCGUUGAACAAUCACAAGAAAACACCGCUUGAUGUAGCGACUGCAGAACAUUGCAAAGAAGCUAUAAAAGUUCUCAAAAAGUACGGAUGUAAAUAA